AUGGGUGACUCAAACCAAUCGCAUAAAAGCGUAGAUGCCUGUAUAAAACGGGCCCAAACAAUCAAUGCUGCAUGUCCACCAAUCAAUGGAUGCCUAGCAGAAGGUAAGCGGAACGAUAUGAGCCGUCCCAUCGAUGAUAUACUUGAGAAUCGCGUGCCAUGGGCUCCAAAGAGAAGGGAAAAAAAAGAGUUGCAAAAAAUUUGCACAUCCCGUGAUAUACCGUUCUGCACAGCUCUCAGUAAAGCUGAGGCAGAUCGUUUGGGUCCUCAGUUCAUUGCACUGCAAAAAUGCGAUCCACGGGGUAGUGCGGAAUAUGCCGUGGACGCAACUAUGACCUGUGCAGUACUUGUUAUCGGUGCUGGAGGGCUUGGGUCACCACUACUCAUGUAUCUCGCUGCAGGAGGUGUCGGUAUCAUCGGUGUCAUGGACGGUGAUGUCGUUGAGGUUUCGAAUCUUCAUAGACAAAUAAUACAUGAUGAGGAAAAUGAAGGGAUGAAUAAGGCACUUUCUGCGAGGAGGAGGAUGAUGAAGCUUAAUUCAAAGGGAACAUAUAUCGCAUACGAAUGUUUUUUUGGCGCUGACGAAGCAGAAACUGUGCUACCAAAAUAUGACAUUGUCGUGGAUGCAACGGACAACCCACAGACUAGAUACAUAAUCAAUGACGCAUGCGUGAAAUAUAACAAAACGCUGGUCAUUGCAAGUUCCAUCGGAACACAAGGACAGUUGAUGGUGUUUAACCGAACAAAUAGUCGAUUUGAAACACCCUGCUUUCGUUGCAUAUCGCCUUUAGAAGAUAAUCCAUUCAUCACUUCUAUACGUGGAGCUUGUAGUUUUGCAGGGGUGCUGGGUUCCAUCCCUGGAGUGUUCGGUUGUCUGCAGGCCACCGAGGUACUUAAAUUAGCAGCUGGCGUAAAUGAUGCCGUAUUGGCGCCUGGACGUAUGAUAACAUACGAUACAACCCAUACCACUAAACCAUUCAGAACUGUACAACUGAAUAAGAAUCCCAAAUGUACUGUCUGCGGGAUUACGGCACAAGAUGUUGAGAUUAAGAUGUUGCCGUGGAGUUCAUGUAGCAUCAACGAAGUAGUUGAUGAUACAGCCAUCAGCCAUGAAUCCUUUUGGCGGAUAUACAUGAAAAACAUACACCAGGGAGCUCCAUUGAUAGCAAACGUUCGUCUAGAUGCGUGUGGGCCAAUUUUCUUUGAAGACGGGGAGGAACGGAUUAUCUCUCUUGUCGAUGUUAGACCAAAAGAGCAUUAUGCACUUUGCCAUAUAACAGGUGCCUCGAAUUGGCCACUCUCAGAGAUGGUGGAUGACCUAGCUAUGCUAGACGAAGCAAAAUCGACCGGCAGCAAUUCCAACGUGGUGUCGCCAACAAAAACAGAAGAACUGAUAUAUAAAAGGUGUAUCGGUAGAAUGUCUGACAAGAAGCUAUUGAUACUAUUCAUAUGCUUUCUUGGCAAUUCGUCUAGAAUUGCAACACAGACCUUAAGGAAAGCCAUUAAACUAUGCGAUGAGGCGCAAAAAACUGCCAAGGUCGCGUGCUACUCCGUUGCCGGAGGGUGUAGAGCUUUACGCACCAAGCUUGGCUUGCCUAUGCCGCUUUCUUGA